GCAUUUAGUUGCUCAUACGAUUCCAGAUGGAACACAGAUGUGUCAUGGAACUGAUGUCUACACAAAUAUUCCAUUGACAGUGUCUAUUCUAUUUGAUCCAAACUGGAUAACUGCAAUGGAGAUCUGUGAAGUGAUAAAUUAGUCAAUGACAAAAAUCGGCUGUUUAAAAUGGAUACAACCGAAGAAUCGAGUCCUGAUGCUGAUGCAACGACCGGAACCUAUUUCAAACGGCCCGGGACAGCGAACGUUGGUCAGAUUUACGAAACCAAGAUUCUGACCAUGGUUCUUUUCCGACUGCUGCAUGAUGACCAGAUCGAGAGUUUUCACUUGGGCAACAAUCUGAACGAGGCUGGCGCUUUCGACGAUGUCGUCCUCAGAAUCUGCACCGGCGGAAAAGUGCAAGUGUACUGUCUUCAGGCGAAACAUAGGAAAGCCACGAGUAGUGUCAGCUAUGAAGAUUUGGUUGACACCCAAAAGACAAAGGAUGACUUUCGUUUAAAAAAGUACUUUGAGGGAUUCCUGAAAAUACGGCACGCGUUCCGGCCUGACAGUGAUCAUGAUAUUUUUCACGGGGAUUAUGAAAAAACUGAGCUAGAGCUGAUUAUCUUUACUCCAAGUGUGUUAAACUGUCCCGACGAUGAGAAAUGUGAAAGAAUAACAGUGAAUGACAUAUUUCACACUGGCAGUUCGAGAGUAGCUGUCAAGUUUAAGUUAAAUUCAGAAUUACUAGAGUAUUUUGUAGGUGUUUCAAAAGAAUGGCAUAAGAAAACAGUGGCAGAGAAUUUGAUCAAACUUAUAAUUUCGGAAGGGUAUGAUACAUCAAAUAUAAAACAGAGCAUAGACAAGCUUAUUGGUGAAAAGAUUUUGCAUAAGCUAGCAGGUCAAGAAGGUACUGUCAGUUGGUUAGAAAUCAUACAAACACGCUUCUAUCAACAAGAAGCGCCUAUUUAUCCCAAGAAUUUUCAUCAGUUAUGCAAAAAUGCUGCGGAAAUUAUACAAGAACCACUUUUACCAUCGCACGCGGAACACAAUGAUCUUGUGUUGGAUUUUUUCACAAAAUUACAAUUUUACCCAGAACAGGCUACGGAAAAUGAACUCGAUGAAAUUAUAAAGCGCGAUAUUCGGGCAAAAAACUAUGAGAGUGAAAAUCUAAUUUACUCAAAAACACUCCAAGCUGUCGAAAAUUGGUGGAAGCAGACUGGCCAGGUUCAAUAUCAGACUAAAAACAGCAAAAUAUUUGAAAUGGCUUGCAGCGAAGUAAAAAUAGAAAAGAUCCAAACAGUAAGCAUGAAUAAGGUAAAGAGCAACGUGGUAAGCUUCAGAAACGAAACAGUUAACAACCCAAAAUUGGUUACAAUGUUCCAAAAAGUUGCGGAAAGUGAUAUUUUUUUCGUAAACGUUAUCAGCAACACACCGGAACUAAGCUGCGUAAAGAUAAUUCAAUACUUUCAGUUGCUUGGUAACAACUUCAAAUUCGUUGUAGUUGACAGCGCAGAAGUCACGCACACGCUGAAAAUUUUCUCAGAAUCGCAAGCGCAAUGUUUGUCAAUCAUUUAUUUGCCGAUAGUUGAUAAGCGGAUCUUGCAAGCUUUAAGACUGAAAAUAAAACAGCUUAUUGUUAUAACAGCCCAUGAAAUUGCUAAAACGGUAGCAUCUAUAACAGACGAAACGACAAAUUUGGCCGAACUAUCAACCGUUUGUCAAGAAAACCUUCUCGAAAGUAAAGUGGCUUUCCAAGGUUCACUUGUCGCCCUAGGUUUACUUCUGGAUAAGGCACCCAGAACGUUGGUAGAUGCCGAAACCUUGCAGAAGCUCGUCAAUGGUGAAAAACUUGUCAUAUCAAAAUCAUGGCUUCCCCCAGAUUUCGACGAUGCUGACGAUUACUAUAUCGAUAGAGUAUUGCUAGAUAAUCGGUUCAAGCCACCAGCCACGAAGCCCAUUUCCGAAAUCGACGAAGAUUUGGUCAUUGUGGCCGCAGGGCCGGGAAUGGGAAAAUCAACUUUGUUGAUUGGAAUUGCCAAGAAGAUUAAAAAACUUAAUCCCGCAAAUUGGAUCAUAAGAAUAAAUUUGCUGGAUUAUUCAGCACAUUUUUCACAGUGGGACGAAGCGGACGAAGAUUUGAGUGAAAGUGAUGCUAUGAGUUUGCUGAUGGAUGCAAUGAGUUAUGAAAAGACACACUUUCAAUCUUUCGAGGAAAAUCUUUUCCGAUGGUACUGUGAUCAAUCAAAAAUUCAUUUGCUUAUCGAUGGAUUUGACGAAAUCAGUCCCGAUUAUUCCGAUAUUGUGAUCAAGCUGUUAGAGUUUUAUAAGAAAAAAAUCACUGCCAAAAUUUGGGUCACGACUCGAUCUGGGGGAGGUCUCGAAAAAUUACAAGAAUGUUUCCAAGCUCGAACAUAUUCUUUGAAGGCAUUAAACAUUGAUGAAUCCAAAGAUUUUUUGAUGAAUUUCUGGAGCAGAAAAAUUAAAAUUGACCUUGCCCAAAGAACUCAAAUCUUUGACGAUUUUGUGAAACGUUUAUUUCACGAACUGUCCAUAUCCCUUCUUCACGGGGAACUUGAUUUAAUCAGCGUUCCGCUGCAAAUGAAAAUGAUAGCAACGAUAUUCCAAGGCCACUUUGAGGCGUACUGUAAUGCAACGGAAAGUGUGUUUAGCUUUCAGCAAUUAGAUUUAAUAGACCUAUAUGAAAAAUUUAUAGAUCUCAAGUUCAACGUUAUACUGAUGGAAGAAAAGCAUAAAUUAAAUUUAAAUCAGCCUUUUAUCAAAAAACAGAACAAAAAUAAUUUCCAGCAAUUUCAAGACAAACACAAAUUGGCCGCAAUCUACACUCAAUUCAACAAAACAGAUGUGGACAAAAUGAUCAGUAAAGAGCAGAUGGACACCGUGCAGAAUCUUCUAAAUGACGUAGAAAAUUCAGUUGAAAAAACAGGAAUUAUAACCCGUGUUGUAGAUGGCAAGCCAAUGUUCGUCCAUCAAACGUACGCAGAGUUUUUUGCAGCGGCUUUUUUCUGGGAAAAGUAUGUAUCACUAAAGGGGGAACCAUUUGUAACAUUCAUCAAGCAUAGUUUGGUGUGUCUCAUCAAAGAAAAACGAGUGCAAAUUGCUAAAUUUUUGCAAUUCAUGGUGCAGAAAAAGAUUAAAAAAUGCUCAAACCUUCCCUUCAAAGCACGAGCGUUGUUAGACAGUCUUUUAGAUAAUGCACCAAAUUGCUGGAAAGACUUCAAUACCCGAACGUUUUCAAGCUUACUGCAAAUCGUCGAAGAGUCCAUGUCCUCCGAUAGUGAGUGCCUGCCACAGCUUGAAAAACUCGUCAGUGAAAAAUCCAAUUUAAUUCAGAACAUUUUGCUUCUCAAAGCUGCUGAAAAUGGGAACUUCCAACUCGUCCGUGUGGUGACCACUGUGAGAAAUGACAUGCUAAAUGCUACUUUUGACUGGUUAGAAGAUUGGACGGCUUUACACUUUGCCGCGAACGGAGGUCACCUUAACAUUGUGGACCACUUGGUAACGAUGUCAGCCAACGUCAACAGUGUUACCAGGGAAAAUGGACAGACAGCAUUGCAUAUGGCAACUGAGAAUGGCCACACUAGUGUUGUUGAACUGUUGUUGAACAAGGGAGCGGAUGCCAACAUUAGUAUGACAAACACGGGCAUCACCGCACUGCAUCUGGCAGCACGGGAAGGUUUCACCGGGAUUGUUUCCGUGUUGUUGGCGGAGCAUGCUGUGAUCGAUAGUGCUACUACAGUGGAUGGUGAAACUUCGUUGCAUAUUGCUGCGGGAAAUGGCCAUCUGGAUAUCGUUCGGAAUCUGGUAAAAAUGGGUGCGAAAGUUAAUGUUGGAACGCGAAAAAAUGGAUCAACGCCUCUACACAUUGCGACAAAGAACGGCCAUUUAGCGAUUGUUCAAACAUUGCUUGCUAAUGGCUCCCUUGUCAACGCUGGGACUACCGACUUUGGACUCACUCCACUACACUGGGCAGUCCGGAGAAAGAACUUUGAAUUGGCAACUCUGCUACUAGACAAGGGCGCAUCCGUUGAUAGUGCUACAAACGUUGUUGGUUUCACACCGUUACACUUUGCUGCCUCGAGUGGGCAUGCUGAACUUGUGGACUUGCUUUUGGAAAGGGGAACAAACAUCAACAUCGCAACCGCAGAGGAAGGCUGGACACCGCUGCAUUUGGCCGUUCGGAAAAAUCUGGGCGAAAUUGUUUCGCUACUGCUGGAUAAAGGAGCAGAUAUCGACAGUAUAGUGGCAAGUGACGGAGGAACACCUUUGCAGUGCGCAGCGGAAAUGGGACAUUUGGAGAUGGCGCAGCUUUUGAUAGGCAAGGGUGCCGACGUCAACAUUGCUACCAAGGACAUCGGUCGGACGGCAUUACACUGGGCAGCGCAGAAUAACUACACAGAAAUUGUGUCUCUCCUGUUGCAAAGUGGUGCCAAUAUUGACAGCGGUACACUGAAAGAUGGGAAGACAGCAUUAGACAUUGCGAUCGAGAACGACAACUCAGACCUAGUAGAGUUACUUUUGGAAAAAGGAGCAACAGCUCGUGCAAAGGAGUCUGGAUUCACCCCGUUACAUGACGCGGCAAGAAUUGGUUCGUUUGAGGUUGUGAAAUGGCUUCUUAGCAAGGGCGUUGACGUUAGUAGCAGAAGAAACGAAUCGGAUUCAACACCACUGUUGGAAGCAUGUAGCAGAGGGCAUUUCAACGUGGUAGAGUUGCUUAUAGAUGCAGGGGCUGGUGUGAAUUUUGGCAUUUCGGAUACCUCGUACAUGCCAAUGCACGCAGCGGCUCGCAGUAACAGUCCAGAGAUUAUAAAAUUGUUGGAAAAAUAUGGAGCAAACGUUAACUGUACCACAACGGAUGGUCGAACUCCUUUGUACGAAGCGUCUUCCAACUUGGCCGCUAAUGCUGUAAAUAUGCUUCUCAACUUGGGUGCAGAUGCAAAUCUCUUUGAAAUUACAGAGGGACAUACACCACUGCAUCGAGUAGCGAUCAAAAAACACGAUGAUGCAGUUUCUAGAAAGGACGCCCUGGAAAUAGCUAGAGCCCUGCUCAAUCACGGUGCAAGCUAUCUACCAAUCCGAUCCGGAUUAAACCCAUUGCAUGCUGCUGCAACUGGUGGAUCUGAAGAGAUUCUUGAGCUGCUGUUGGAACAAGGCUCUGGCAUCGACAUCAACAGCUAUUGUCAAGCUAUUACGAAGAAUUAUGCUGCUACACCCCUGUGCCAGGCAUGUGCCAAUGGAAAUCUAAAAGCGGCCCAGGUAUUGCUCAAACAAGGCGCCAACAUGCAUCUCGCCGCAACCAUCGCCUCGAACGUAGCCCUCAAGCCAAUACACUGGGCGGCACGGAGCGACAGUGCCGACAUCAUUCAGCUUCUAGCAGCCCAUGGAGCAGACAUAAACAGUACCACAACGGACAACGGCAGAACUCCGCUGUACUUUGCUUGUGUGUACAAUGCAAAACAAGCUUUAAGAGUACUUUUGGACAUGGGUGCAAACACGGAUUUAUGCACUACGAACGGGGAAUGGCAAGGAUGGAAACCUCUGCAUAGAGCAGCGCAGAGAGGACUUUUAGAAGUUGUCGAAAUCCUCAUAAACCAUGGUGCCAGCAUUGAUCCAACGGAAUCGGGAUUAACGGCGUUACAUGCCGUAGCUACAGGUGGUUCGAGUGAAAUUCUUGAGAGUUUGCUAGAGAAAAACAUUGAUAUUAACGGUAAAUGGGGUGAAGAUGAAGUAACACCGCUAUUUCAGGCAUGCUUUUAUAAACAUUCCAACAUUGUUAAAUUAUUACUCGAACAUGGUGCUGAUGUAAAUCUAGGAACAUGCAAUGGUUACAUGCCAAUACACCAGGCAGCACGAAAUGACUGCACUGAAAUCAUGGAAUUACUAGUUUCGAAAGGCGCGAACAUCAACUGCACUACCACGGACAACGGUCAUACUCCUCUGUUUGAAGCCACCCUACAUAAUGCAAAACAUGCUGUGAAAUUACUACUAGACAUGGGUGCAAACGCAGAACUGAACGAUACUAAGGAGGGGAAAUCGCCUUUACAAAUAGCAGCAGAAACCGACAAAUUUGAAAUUUUAAGUAUUUUAGUGAAUCACGGUGACAGUGUACAUCGUGCGAAACCGGAGCUUACGGGUGUAAAUGCUGUGCCAAAAGGCGUCUCUAAAGAAGUUGUGGACUUUUUGCAAGAAAGAGAUAUAAGGAUAAACAGCCAGAGGAAGCACGUCGCAAUAACUCCUCUGUUUCAGGCAUGUAGUGAAGGAAACCUAAGUUUUGUACAACUUCUACUCGAUAGAGGAGCGGACGUGAUGCUCGGCAGAAGCAACAUAGGUUACAUGCCAAUUCAUUGUGCAGCAGCAAAUGACCGUGUAAAAGUUAUACAACUGUUACUGGCCAGCGGAGCGAACAUAAAUUGCACUACUCUGGAUAACGGUCGGACACCUUUAUACGAGGCCGCCUCAAAUGGUGCAAAAAAUGCUGUAAAGUACCUGCUAGAAAUGGGUGCCGAUGCCGAGUUGGCAGACACUAGUGAAGGGUUAACGCCACUGCUUAAAGCAGCUGGCACCGAUCAUUUGGAAGUUGUACGGGCUUUGCUGAACCACGGCGUAAGCGUUCGUCCAAAUGCAUCUGGAUUUACAGCACUACAUGCUGUAGCUAUCGGAGGUUCUCGGGAGAUUCUUGAGUUGUUAUUAGUGACAAACAUCGAUAUUAACAGCAAAUGGAGUGGAAACAAUAAGAAAACACCCCUUUAUCUAGCUUGUGCCAAAGACCACUUGGCGAUAGUUCAACUACUACUCGAUAAAGGUGCAGAUGUUCAUCUCGGUAAACACACCAACGAGUACAUGCCACUGCACUGGGCAGCUUUCAAUGACUCUACCGAAGUCAUAAAAUUAUUAGUUGCUAAAGGAGCGGACAUAAACUGCGCUACUUCCCGUGUCAGAAAAACCCCUUUGGACGAAGCUGAAAGAAAUAAUGCUAAAAAUGCCAUCAAACUGCUUCAAGAAAUAGCAACUAACAUCAGUAACAAAAAUAUAAAUAAAAAACGACGAUACAUGCAAAUAAAAGCAAGUGAUUCUGACGAACCGAAUGUAAAAUUAUCAAAAGUUGUUUAAAUAAUGGCAGUAUACUGCCUAUGUUCGCAUAAAUGUCCCAUAUGCAAAAACAGCAAGCUGAGAAAAUCGCAUUAUAUUUUCGCGGAAAAACUGGAUCCUGAUUUCUAGAACAAAGUACUGGAUGUUAGCUUUUUUGAAAGAUCACACGAUGUUUAACCAAACUGCGUCAAUAACUCAAAAGUGAUGAAAAUGUAUAUGGGACAUUUAUGCGAUCAGGGGCAGUAUACAACUUCUGACUUCUGGCAAAUUUAAAAAAAAAUGAUAUUACUUUUUUCAAAACCUUGCUCCACAAUCUGCAUAUUGUUUUUUGAGCUAUUUUAGGUCUCUGGGCCAAAUAUGAGCAUAAUCGGUCAAUCAUUAUAUUGUGGUUUCGGAAAUAAAUCGAAUUUUUGCGGCGACUUCUCCGACACUACGCUUCGCAAACUUAUCAACUUCAUUUCUGAGUGUAACGAUAUGUUGUGCUGAAACGUCACUGACAACAUUUUGUGCUUGCGUGUUGCCGUCGGAUGUUUUGGAUGAUAAUGAUGGGCAUUUUUGUAGAUAAAAAUUGUACAUAUUUCAUUUGUUUUUUUUGCCUUCCUCACCUCACUG